CCGUUUCAUGGCGCCUCCUCUCCCUCCUCUCCUGUCUCUGCUCUACUUCUGUUCGGUCUUCUCUUUCCUUUCUUUGCCUAACCCUCUCCCCCUUCUUACACCGACCUAGUUCGCGCCACAAGGAGGGAUAUUGCGCCGAUUUUAGCUUUAAGGGACUCGAUUUGGCCCUGUUCUUGAGGCGACAUUCCGGUUUCUAGUUGAUCCUUGGCGAUUCUUCGCCAUCCGCAGUACCGUCUGUGUUUACAGGACCUCCCACCUCGGAGAUCCGGGCGGUUUCCUUACCCAGGUCGGUGGUCCAUGAGUCUCAAAUCGGAGCCUCGUCCCAGAAUCCCCAGAAGAAUUUGAUUCUGGGGGCAAAAAAUUGUCUUUUUGGCUGGUGCUGGUUGAAUCCUGUGUGGUGGUUCUCGACUCGAAGCAGAAUGGCUACUGCUUGCCGGUUCUUGGCAUGUCUACUACUACUCGUCGCCCUCCGGACUUCCAUGGUGGAUGGCCUCGGGGUGAACUGGGGGACGAUGGCCACCCACCGGUUGCCGCCCAAAACCAUCGCGCAGCUCCUACAAGACAACGGCAUCAAGAAGGUCAAGAUAUUCGACGCGGAUCCGUCCUCCAUGAGCGCAUUGGCCGGGACAGGGAUCGAGGUGAUGAUCGCCAUCCCCAACGACAUGCUCGCGAAGAUGAACGACUACGACGCGGCCAAGCAGUGGGUGAAGAAGAACGUCACCCGCUACAACUUCAACGGCGGAGUUGACAUCAAAUACGUAGCAGUUGGUAAUGAACCCUUCUUGAAGUCAUACAACGAUUCCUUCACCAACAUCACCUUCCCGGCGCUGAAGAACAUCCAGAACGCUCUCAACGAAGCAGGAAUAGGAGACGCCAUCAAAGCCACCGUCCCCCUCAACGCUGACGUCUACGACUCACCGGCGAGCAACCCGGUGCCGUCGGCCGGAGACUUCCGAGCUGAUAUCCGUGACCUAAUGGCGCAGAUCGUCGAGUUCUUCAGCCUCAAUGGUGCGCCCUUCACCGUCAACAUAUACCCAUUCCUGAGCCUGUACGAGAACAGCGACUUCCCCAUCGACUUCGCCUUCUUCGACGGCACCAGCGCUCCCGUUGUCGACAACGGGGUGGCGUACACCAACGUGUUCGACGCCAACUUCGACACGCUGGUCUCGGCUCUGAAGAAGGCCGGCUUCGGCGAUCUGCCUAUCGUGGUGGGGGAGGUCGGCUGGCCUACGGACGGCGACGUGAACGCCAAUGUGGCCAUGGCGGAGAGGUUCUUCGGUGGCCUCCUGAAGCGCCUUGCAGCCAAGAGCGGGACGCCGCUACGGCCGAACAUGGAGAUGCAGGUGUACUUGUUCGGCCUCGUCGACGAGGACGCAAAGAGCGUGGCGCCCGGGAACUUCGAGCGCCACUGGGGGCUCUUCACCUACGACGGACGGCCAAAGUUCGCCGUCGAUUUCUCCGGGAAGGGACAGAACGGGAUGCCGGUGGGAGCGAAGGGCGUGCGGUACCUGCCGACGAGGUGGUGUGCGUUGAAUCCGGCCGCCACGGACCUCGGCAAGCUCGCCGACAACGUCAACUUCGCCUGCACGUACGCGGAUUGCACCGCCCUCGGCGGCGGGUGCUCCUGCGAUGCGCUCGACGCUUCAGGGAAAGCUUCGUAUGCCUUCAACGCGUACUUCCAAGCUCAGAGCCAGAACGGGGAGAGCUGCUAUUUCCAAGGACUCGCCAUGGUGACGACGCAGAAUAUCUCGCAGGGCUCCUGCAACUUCACGAUUCAGAUCGCAUCUUCCGCCGCUUCGACCUCUCGCCGGGCGCGGCUGGUGGUGCUUUUGUUGGCGAUUGCCGCCGGGCUCUUGAUGUUCAUGGGAGAUGCCUCCUUCGAUGAAGGGGAGGACACAACCUCCUCUGCCCUUGGAUUCUCCAAAGAUGGAGUACAGACCUCAAUCGACUGA